ACAAACCCCAAGGUUAAAAAGAACUGGUGAAAACGAACCAAAGGGUUUCCCCCAGUCAACUCUUGCAUUUGGUGGAUAUUAGCAACCGCCCCUUCCUGUCACCUCCACUUCAAGACAAGGCAUCGCGCUUCCAUGGACAUCCCAAACGCGCUCCUUGCGACGACCAGUCCUGAUGCAAACCUUCGCAAGCAAGCAGAAGAUGCGUUGAAUCAAGCCGUGAACGAAAAUGCCGGCCAACUCAUGGUCACGCUGUCCCAAGCGUUGGCCGCCGAAGACUUCCCCACCCCCGGCCGGCAACAAGCCGGGUUGUUCUUGAAGAACAUCUUGGACGCAAAGGACUAUGCGCUGCAAGAACUCAAGAUCCAGCAAUGGUACUCCCUCGCCGACGACGUGCGCAAUGCGAUCAAGCAGUACGCGCUCUCGUCGCUGAAGGCGCAGGAUGCGAUCGCGGCCCACACCGCCGCCCAAGUGGUCGCGAAGAUUGGGUCCAUCGACGUGCCGCAGAAGCAAUGGCCCGACUUGUUGCGCAUCUUGGUCGAGAACGUGACGAGCGGCACAGACUCUGUCAAGCAUGCGUCGUUGGAGACGCUCGGGUACUUGUGCGAAGGGUUGGACGAAGAUUCGCUGGAAGCGUCCGAGUCGAACCAAAUCCUCACGGCGAUCGUCGACGGCAUCCGCAAGGAAAACCCCGACAAGAUUCGGCUGUCGGCCGUGGUGGCGCUGCGCAACAGUUUGGAGUUUGUCAACGAAAACUUUAGUCGCGACGCCGAGCGCACCCACAUCAUGACGGUGGUGUGCGAAGCAACUCAAUGCACGGACGUCCAAGUGCGCGUGCGCGCGUUCGAGUGCAUCGCCACGAUCGCCAGCUUGUACUACGAGUACCUAGGGGAGUACAUGAGCGUGCUGUGCGACUUGACGUUCAAGGCGGUGCAGGCCGACCAGGCCGAAGUGGGUCUCCAGUCGCUCGAGUUUUGGUCAUCGAUCUGCGACGUCGAGCUCGAGUUCAUUGAAGAAGGCCGGUACGGCGACCCCGCCGUUGCCGCCGCCAACUUGAAGCGGUACGUCGAGACGGUGCUACCGGCGUUGGUGCCGAUGCUGCUGAACACAUUGACCCAGCAAGAAGAGGACCAAUUCGAAGACGACACGUGGAACCUGUCGAUGGCAGGGGCCACGACGCUCACGCUGGCCGCGCAGGUGGUGGAGGACGCGAUCGUCGCCCCCGUCAUGCAGUUUGUCACGACCAACAUCCAGUCGGCCAACUGGCACCAGAAGGAAGCGGCCAUCAUGGCAUUCGGAUCGAUUCUCGACGGCCCGCACCAGCAAACGAUCCAGCCGAUUGUUGAGAACGCGAUGCCGGUGCUCAUCACGUGCAUGAACGAUCCGAACGCGCUCGUGCGCGAUACCACGGCAUGGACAAUCGGUCGCAUCUGCGAGAUUCACGGCGUGGUCAUGGCGCGCUGCCUUGGGCCGCUCAUGCAGCUGAUCGUGGCGGGUCUGGACCAGGAGAGCAAGGUCGCGGCGCACAUGUGCUACGCGAUCCACUACAUUUUCCAGUCGUUUAGCGAGCUCGACGAAGGCACGACGCCGCUGGAUCCGUACUUUGGCCACGUGUUUGACAAGUGUCUCAUGACAUGCCAGCUGUCGUCAGAGGAAAACAUUCGCGUAUCGGCGUUUGAGGCGCUCGGCAUGAUGAUCCAACACGGGUCCUCCAACGCGACGCCGCACAUCCUUAGCCGGCUCACAAGCAUCUUGGAGCACCUCGAAGGCAACAUUGAAAAGCACAAGGCAAACCCUGCUUAUGGCCAAGAGUUUUACGGACUGUACACGUGUGCCUGCGACGUGCUUGUGGUUGUGAUCCAGCGAGUGGACCACGAUAUCCGCCCAUUUGCCGAUCGAAUCAUGCAGUGCCUGCUCAACAUCUUUAGCACGGGCCACACGACCGCGGGAGAGGAAGCGUUUCUCGCGACGGGCGCGCUGGCUGGCGCGAUCGAGUCGGAUUUCAAGAAGUACAUGACGCAGUUUUACCCCGUGCUGAUUGCGGGCUUGUCGAACGUCCAGGAGCACGCCGUGUGCGCGUCGGCCGUGGGCGUCGUCGGCGAUAUCUGCCGCGCCCUCGGCGCCGACGUCAACGUGUACAUCCCGGAGAUUGUCAACCAGCUGCUGGUGAUCCUGCGCUUCCCCAACCUGAACCGGACCGUGAAGCCCCCUGUGAUUGCCGUGUUUGGGGACAUUGGGCUCGCGAUCGAAGGCGAGUUUGAGCCGUACUUUCAACAUGUGGUGGAGAUGCUGCUCCAAGCUGCGCAGGCGUGCGUGGCCGUGCAAGUGGACGACGAGGACGCUGUCGAGUACCUGAACCAGCUGCGGGAGAGCAUUCUGGAAGCGUUUACGGGCAUCCUGCAAGGUCUGUCGUCGCACAACAAGGGGCCGUUGAUGGUGCCUGCGCUCCAAGGCAUUGGGCAGUUUCUUGCGCUGCUGUCGGCGGAAACCAACCGCAGCGACAGCGUGACCACGACCGCCGCGGGCUUAAUAGGAGAUAUUGCGUCGAUCCUGGGCGUGCAAGCCAAGCUGUUGCUCAAGGAGCAGUUUAUCCAGUCGUUGCUGCUGGAUACGUCGCGCAUUGACGACGACCAAGCCCAGAGUGUAGCCUCGUGGGCGAAACAGCUCGUGGAUGAGACGCUGCGGCUCUAAAACGUCCACGGAUGGAUUUGGAUUGCUUGUGUUUGAUUUUGUUCCCCUUCAUGCUCGCCUAAUAGCCUGACGCUACCCCCCCCUCCCUUCCCCCUCCUCCCGUUACCCUUUGUGUGUCGAGACGUGGCAGGUUGUUGUCGGCGGCAGUGGCGGGGGGCGGAAUGGGGGUUGCUACAGCAACUCCAUUGCCGUCCUGCUGCCGCUGCUAGAUGCACCUGUCUUGUGAUGAUGCACAGUUAGUACCUUAUUAGUUUUUGCAACUGCCUGACGUAGUUGCUAAGCAAUUUAACUUUUUUGACCGUUGAGUGUCCA